UAAAUACAAGAUUAAUCGUGUGCAAAAAAUCUUGACUUGGAUCGAAAAUUUAAUAAACAUGGAGCGGUUUGUUGAAAUGAUUAAUUUGUACUCAAUGUAAAAGCGUAUUUAUUUUUGUCAUAAAAUAAGACUUUAAACAUUACAUCGAUAAAUUAAGUAAAAUACACCAUUAAAUGACUUGAGUUGAAACAGUUUCAUCGAAAGUGACUUUUACUGUAAUAGUUGUACAUAACCUACAAAUACUCAUCGUUUUCUGAAAAUGCCUUUUAAAAAGGAUUUGCGGCUUCUGUUGAAGCCUUAUUAUUUGAUAAACAUUUUACUCAGCAUUUCGUAUAUUGUCUCGAAACGUUUUCCUAUUAUAUGUCAUUAUCUGUUUGCACAAGUUGAGUGCGAACUCGAUGGAAGGGAAACAGAGAUUUUAUUUUUUCUUAUGAUUGUCAUAAUGAUAAGGACACGGAAAACUGGAAGUGUCACUAUGAUAAACUACUUGUCAUCCAGUUUUGUGUACACUAAAAUUGCCAAUCUGAUCCUUUGGUUUUACGCGGAUAUUCGUAUGGGAAUUAUAUUUGCUAUUGUAUUUAUUUUAUGCGGUUUAUUACUCCCCGAACCAACGUAUCAGGGUCCAGAAAAUGUAACUUAUUUACGUGGUGCAAACGGAUUACAAGAAGAACUGUAUCGUGAUACUAGAAUCAUUUGGCUGGUCGCAUUUUAUACUGCAUGGAAUCCAGCAUGUGUUAAUUUUGCACCAAUAUUCUCUGAACUUUCUGCAGAAUAUGCCUUAGAAAAUUUGAAAUUUGGAAAAGUAGAUAUUGGAAGGUACCCGGAUGCAGGAGUGAAGUAUCAUAUUAGCGAUGCCAGUACUAGUAAACAACUUCCUACCUUAAUUCUUUUUAAGGAAGGUAAAGAGAUAGAACGACGUCCGUAUGCGGAUCAUAAAGGCAAACUAGUUAAAUUUCUUUUUUCAUUGGCUGGUCCGGCACCAAAAAAUGUGGAGAAGAAGUCACUGACAGAAGAUACGAAUGCAGAAUCUAAAAAGGUGGAUUUGAAUAUGGAGGAAACUGGUGAGGACAAGGAUAGAUCUAAGAAAUCGACACUUUGCGUACAAAUAGGAUCAGGAACAUCUCAACCGGCGCAAGUUGCUUGGAAAGAAAAUCAAAUAUCUACUCAGAAGUUUCCACUAUCUUUACAUACUCAACCUCAACAAAUCCAAACAUUAAAUGUCGUCCAACCUGCACAGACUUUACCUCAGGCAAGUGUAGUGAUGCCUCAACAAAUGGUUCAACCCGUUCACACCUUACAGAUUGUACAAUCUCCUCCUCAACCUUGUACUCAAUCUGCUCCAGCCGUGAAUAUCAUUCAACCGGUUCCCCAGUCAACUGUUAUUAAAACUACUCAAAAACCUAAGCCAAAACCUAAGCCAGUUGCAACAGAAAUAAAACCUGCUACCGAAGAAGAAAAACCUAUGCGUAUCGAGCAUCUUCCACAGCCUUUACCAGAGCCUCAGGAAACCUUAACAGUUUUACCAGUUGCAUCUACUUGUCAUGAACAUUUGUUCACUGUACCAUCAAAUCCAAUGAUGCUGGUUGCUGAAUCUGAACAACCACAAUUAGCUGCCAUUGUUCAAGUUCCAUCAAUGUUGCCUUGCAGUAAUCCUCUGCACAGGUACCUCAAUCCUUGUCCUUGUCAGCAAAAUAUAGCUGUACUGAGCGAGUCUGGCAUUGAACCGAUAUCAAUGAAAGUUUUACCCAUAGCAUCAUAUUCUUCAACGUUUACAAGGCCUCCAUUGGUCAUGCCCUAUGAUGCAAAAAUGUUAUCUCACAUAGUAUCAAAUGUAAGUAUCAUAUGCUGUGAAGCAUUAAGUAAAUACUUAGCAAGGUAAUCAAUGCAUGUUAAUUGUUUACAGGGUAAUGUUGACACUAAAUUGAGCCCUCAUGCAAGAAGUCACCAUGGUUAUGUUAAAGUAAAGCUUCCUCAUCAUGUUCAUGUUCAGC